ACCGGUCAGUGUAAGGCAGCUAAAGAAACAAAAUAUUCUCUCUUAUGAAUAUUAGAGCUUAACCGUUUUAAUCACGUACUCGAACGAAUGUCAACGUACUCAAGUAGAGUGCAGCAUAUCCACUGGUUACUGCAGAUUUUAAACACGGCUGAAGACGACGUACGUGCUGCAGUCGUCGAUCUCGACGUCGUCUCACUAGAAAAACAGAGGAUAUCUUUGCUGUCUCGCGGUUAGCUGGCUGUAGCUGGGGGUCGGUGGUGGUCUGUGAAUGCAUGGUUUCUUCUGAUACAGCCCGACUUGAGGCCACUAAACGGGUGACACCGGCUGUCAAAUCGGCUUCGUUGGCUGCAUGUUUCAAAGCUAACCCUUAAAGAAGCACAACCAUGGGCGUGGAAGUCGAGACAAUAUCCCCCGGUGAUGGAAGAACAUUUCCAAAGAAGGGCCAGAAUUGUGUUGUUCAUUACAUAGGUAUGCUGCAGAAUGGGAAAAAGUUUGACUCCUCUCGAGACAGGAACAAGCCCUUUAAGUUUAAGAUUGGACGGUUGGAGGUCAUUAAGGGUUGGGAUGAAGGAGUAGCACAGAUGAGCCUGGGCCAGAGGGCAAAAAUCACCUGCACACCAGAUAUGGCUUAUGGCUCCACAGGCCAUCCUGGUGUCAUCCCUCCAAACGCCACUCUCAUAUUUGACGUGGAACUGCUCAAGCUGGAGUGAGGCCUCAGGUCAAAUACAAAGGUUGAAGCUUAAUGAGGCUGCGUUGGCCGCAAGCUGUUUCCAUGGGGAGACCACACACGGCUGCUGCCUCCCAACAUCCACCUGCUCUUCUAUGAUUUAUACAGUCUUCUUAAGUUCAAUAUUUAAACUUACCUAAUGCUGCUUUGUUGCCGUCUUGUCGUAAUAGAUAGUGCAAGAAAGACCAUUUUUGGUUGUCAGUAGGGGAUGCUUCUUUUGUUUAAUUUCGUUUAAAGUUGUACAUUUUGUUGAACCAUAAGGAAAUCAGUCAUCUGACAAAAAGCUGCAUUACGUUGCAAUCCAAGCAUAUACUGCCUUACAGUUUCAACAACAGAGGAAAGGUACAAAUGUUCUGAGUACAUAACUUCUGCUCUGUAUCUUAACUGGGCAUUAUAUAUACCACUGUCUGCAUUGCCACUUUGAUAAAGGUCUGCCCUGCUGAAUGCUCUGAAUGAUAUUGCUAUGUUUAGUAUAUUUUAUAUCCCUCAUAAACAUUGAAAGUGUACCCUAUCCAAUCUACCCCAGUCUAAUACUGUACAGAACUCUAUAGGAGCCAUUGCUGUUAUGACAAGUUAUCGACCAACUCUUGAAUAAAAAUGGCAUGUACUAUGUUCAGAACUC